ACAGUCGGCCGGUGCAGUGCGGUGCAUAGAUCACAUCUAAACACUAGUGCAGUUCACGAUGGGAGCGCGGGGAUGUAUCUCGUGCCUUCUGCUACUGACGUGCGGGCAGAUAGUUCGUUCUCAGGAUUCACUAUGGGUGGACGUGACCGAUCAAAGCAACCAGACCCUGGACGAAGACGCUGACAUAGAGAAGCGGUACACUCCAGAGCUGACCGAGGAGUUGAUGUCAGCGAAGGCGGAUGCUCUGCUGCUCUUCACUGAAUACACGGCCAUAGCUGGCGAAGAACUGAAGUCUUUCCUGAUGAAUGUCACAGCCUACUCCGAUGAUGCCAUACGGAACGCUGACAAUGUUAUUACCUCUGAUUAUAACUCCAAUUGUCGAUCGAAAUUCGAUUCCCGCAUUCGCACGAUCCAGAAUGACGCCCGCCGCGCGGCCAGCUUCAGCGGCGAGAACCAUCACAAGUUCCUGCUCGGUCACAUGAUCGUGAUGAGAAUGCACUUGAAUAAGAGUGAAACUCUGGUGAAGAAGUGCACCAAAGCGGUGAGAGAUUGCGGCAUCUCUUGCGAGACAAUACCUCGAGUGAAGCGCUGGAGACGCCAAGCUCUGGAGGAGAUCCACCGCGUCCGGGAGGACAUGCAGCACUCCCGCCGCUCCUACAAGGACUUAGUACUUCAUGCAAGAAGAAAACUCAACCACCUUCACAAACAAGUCAUAAAGAGGUCCAACGAUGCUGUAGACAAGUACCACGAGUGUUUGAGACGUUGAAGCGUAUUUAUUGAGGUUGUAUUGUAUAAAUUCGUCUACGCCCUUUUGAGUUA